GAUAUGUCUCAGCAUCCCUAGAAAGUAGUUCCGCGGAGUGAGUGACUAGGGGGGAUCACCUUGAGCUGCUCUCAGUGUAACAGCAGUUACAUCGGACCACGCAGGUUGCACAGCGAGGUAAGCACUUCUACAGUUUCACCAGUGAUCGCCAUGCCUCACCCAAAGUCUCUAGACAUGGGCUCUGCCUUCAUCCAGACGCAGCAGCUCAACGCUGCAAUGGCUGACACCUUCCUGGAACACAUGUGCCUGCUGGAUAUCGAUUCUGUGCCCACCACUGCACGCAACACUGGCAUCAUUUGCACCAUUGGGCCAGCCUCUCGUUCUGUGGAUAUGCUGAAGGAGAUGAUCAAGUCUGGAAUGAACAUUGCUCGCUUGAACUUCUCGCAUGGCACACAUGAGUACCACGCAGAAACCAUCAAGAACGUGCGUGAGGCAUGUGAGAGCUUCCAGCCUGGCAGUAUCCAGUACAGGCCUAUCGGCAUUGCCCUGGACACUAAGGGCCCAGAGAUCAGGACUGGCCUCAUCCAGGGAAGUGGCACAGCUGAGGUGGAGCUGAAUAAGGGCAACAUGAUCAAGAUUACUUUGGACGAUACCUACCAGGACAACUGCAGUGAUGAGAUCUUGUGGCUCGACUACAAAAACAUUACCAAAGUGGUGGAAAUUGGCAGCAAGAUCUACAUUGAUGACGGGCUCAUAUCCCUGCAGGUUAAGGAGAUUGGCUCUGAUUUCCUCAUGUGCGAGAUUGAGAACGGUGGCACCCUGGGCAGUAAGAAGGGAGUGAACCUCCCUGGUGCUGCCGUAGACCUGCCUGCUGUUUCAGACAAGGACGUCAAGGACCUGCAGUUUGGUGUGGAUCAGGGAGUCGACAUGGUCUUUGCCUCCUUCAUCCGCAAAGCAGCAGACGUACACGCUGUCAGAGCAGUGCUGGGAGAGAAAGGCAAAGACAUUAAGAUCAUUAGCAAGCUUGAGAACCACGAGGGUGUGCGCAGAUUUGACGAGAUCAUGGAGGCCAGCGACGGCAUCAUGGUUGCCCGUGGUGACUUGGGGAUUGAGAUCCCUACAGAAAAGGUCUUCCUGGCCCAAAAGAUGAUGAUCGGUCGCUGCAACAGAGCUGGCAAGCCGAUCACGUGUGCCACUCAGAUGUUGGAGAGCAUGAUCAAGAAGCCCAGACCGACCCGUGCUGAGGGCAGUGACGUAGCCAACGCUGUGUUGGACGGAGCCGACUGCAUCAUGCUGAGCGGAGAGACUGCCAAGGGAGACUACCCUCUGGAGGCUGUACGCACGCAGCACAUGAUCGCUCGUGAAGCCGAGGCAGCCAUGUUCCACCGGCAGGUGUUUGAGGACCUGCGUCGUUCCACGCCACACUGCAAAGACCCCGCUGAGGCAAUUGCAAUUGGCGCUGUCGAGGCCUCCUUUAAGAGCUUAGCCUCUGCGAUCAUUGUGCUCACGGGCUCUGGAAGGUCCGCCCACCUGAUCUCCAGGUACAGGCCCCGUGCCCCCAUCCUGGCCGUGACCCGUAAUGCCCAGACAGCCCGCCAAGCUCACCUGUACCGCGGCAUCUUCCCCGUCCUCUACACCAAGCCUGCCAAUGAUGUGUGGGCAGAGGACGUUGACAUGCGCGUCAACUUUGCCAUGGAUAUGGGCAAAGCCCGUGGCUUCUUCAAAGAGGGAGAUGUUGUCAUCGUCUUGACCGGCUGGCGUCCAGGCUCCGGUUACACCAACACCAUGCGUGUGGUUCUGGUGGCCUGAACAACCAACAGGGCUGCUCUGCUUUCUCCCUCCACCUUCAUCUAUCUUUCAUAAUUCUCCACCUCACACUCCACUCCAGCUCACAGCCCUUUACACCCAAAUCCAGGAUCACAGAUUCCACUCCUGAACAAUUUAUCGUUUGGGCAGUGCUGCAAAAAGUAAAAAAUAGGGCAUAGCCUUCCGUACAAUUCCACUUUCUCUCCAUUCCUUUCACAUCAAUUCUCUCAUUCAAACCAGUCUUCAGGGCCUCAGAUUCAUACACCCUAACCAGAAACUGCUGUAUUUAUUCCCUCAGACACUUGUCUUAUUAAAACUGAACCAGUCCAAGAGUGAAUGCACCUUGGUUUGUGUGCAUGCGCAUACUGGCUCUUGUUUAGGUGGGGUUGGUGGUGGGGCAGACUGAUCUUAACAGAGCGCCUUGAGUACUUUAACAGUUUACUCCUCUGCCAACAGAAAGAACAAACUUGUGGCAUCCCAAAUCAAAGGGCUCCUUCAGUGUAGCCUUGGCUCGAACCACUCCACCCGAACAGUUCCCCCUGUAGUGCUGUCUGUAUGAAGCGUCUCUUAUAUCUUAAAUGUCAGCUUUCACUGUAUUUAAGUUUAUCUGUAAGUGUUGCAGUCCUGUUUUACUCGAGACAAUGUUACAAUCUAUAUUAUACUUGACGUUUGUGAAUGGUGAAGUUUUGUUUUGGGACAUCCAAUACUACUUAUAUUUUGUCUGACUAUAGGGAAAUGUUAGUUUUGGAUGUCCUCUCCAGAGGUGUUUGAGCUAGUUAAUGUAUUUGUGUUAUUAGAUGUAUCAUGAAGCCUUUACAUUUCUUUGCAUUUGGAUCUCACCAAGUUCUAACUGAUUAAUAUUGGUUCACUAAAGUUGACUGAUAAGAAUGAGCACUUUUAUUUAUUUUUUUGUUUUGUUUUGUUUUUUUUUUUCCAGAGGGGAAACCCUGCCCCUCAGUCCCAGUGGGUGAUGGGUAGAACCCCUUUUCUGGUCUAUCUCCUUCUACAUUAGUGACCCACUGUAGCUGUCUUCAUGUGUCUAACAUGCUUUGUAAUGCUAGAGUGUAAGAACUAACUAAAUGUAAAGGUGUAUUUUAAGGUUUAGCUGGGGUACUGAGCUGUCCUACAAGACUGGAUUUCCAUCAAUAAAGAGAUGAGCACCUAUCUUAA